CAAAAUCUUGAAUUUAGGAUUUUGUCUUUCCAAAAUCUUGAAUUCAGGAUUAUGGCUCACCAAAAUCUUGACUUCAGAAUUUUGGCUUUCCAAAGUGUUCAAUCAGGGUUUUGGCUCACCAAAAUCUUCACGUCAGCCAAAAUCUGGAGUUCAGGAUAAUAAUUUUCAAAAUCUUGAUGUCAGCAUUUUGGCUUUCCAAAAUAUUGAAGUCAGUAAAAAUGUUGAAUUCAGGAUUUUGGUUCUCUAAAAUCUUGAAUUCAGAAUCUUAGAUUACCAGUAGUUUAAGUCAGCAAAAAUCUUGACCUCUGAAGUUUGCUCUCCAAAAUAUUAAAAUGAGCCAAAAUCUUGAAUUUAGCCAAAAUUUUAAAAUCAAGAUUUUGGCUUAACAAAAUUUUGAAGUCAGCCAAAGUUUUAAAUUAGGAUUUUGGCUUUCCAAAAUCUUGAAUUUAGCCAUCUUGAAUUCAGGAUUUUGGGUCCCCUAAACCUUUCAGUCAGCCAAAAUCUUGACUUCACGAUUUUCGCUUUCCGAAAACUUAAAUUCAGGAUUUUGGCUUACCAAAUUCUUGAGGUCAGCAAAAAUCUUUUAUUCAGGAUUUUGGCUCUCCAAAAUAUUGAAGUCAGCCAAAAUUUUGAGUUCAAGAUUUUGGCUUUCCAAAAUCUUCCAUUUAGGCGAAAUCUUGAAUUCAGGAUUUUGGCU